AUGGCAGCUCUUCACGCCCCCUCACCCUCCUUUCUGGCCACCUUCCUCCCCGUCGCCCGCGCCCAGCUCUUCCCUCAUCUCCAACAACCAGUCCGGCGCAUACCCUUACUCCAACGCCUCCGGGCAUCGGCAUCCCUCCUUCCCGCCGCUCUCGUGCCCAUACCAGGAUUACUAGGUGAUCUCUGGGAUGGCUUGCUCAACGCCGUGCCCAAGAAGAAGACAUCCCAUAUGAAGAAGCGGCACCGACAGAUGGCUUCGGGGAAGCACUUGCGGGACGUGACGGCCUUGAAUAAGUGUAGCGCGUGUGGACGGACGAAGAGGGCACACGUACUUUGCCCUUAUUGUGUGCAGAGUAUACGAAGAUGGAUAAGCACAGGCUUCAGGACGACAAAGGAGUUGGAGGAGGAAGACACCGAGAGACUGGUGCGGAUCAACGAGGAAAGAAGGCUACGAGGAGCGAAACCCCUGGACCUGCCCAAGCCUAAGAUCAACGGGGAAGGCGAGAGGAAGGCUGACACGCCGUGA